GCAAGAUAAAAAGAGACCUCCACUCACCCACACACUCUUCUCCUUCGUCUUCUUCAUCUUCCUAUCUCUCUCUCUGAUGGCAAGCCAAGCUCGCAAAGGCGGAGUCUCCCUCCCGGAGCGGCGGAACCCUAAGAAGGACGACGGGGGCCCCGGAAUCCUGGCCAAGAUCUCCCAGUCCAAAAUAGUCGCCCGCGGCAAGCAGUACACCUCCGACACGUCGUUCGUCGUCAAUAAGCUUAUAAAGAGCACCGGCAGGGCCGCCUGGAUCUUAAGCACCACCUUCCUCAUCCUCGUCGUUCCCCUCAUCAUCGAGAUGGACCGCGACCAGCAGCUCACCGAGCUCGAGCUCCAGCAGGCCAACAUCCUCGGGACACCCCCCUCCGGCGCCGCUCCUGCUCUCAAGUGAAAAACCCUAACGGGCCGGGUCGGGCCAAUCGGGUACCGUACAUUUUACUAUAUCGCUAGGGUUUGGAAUUGGUGUGAACCUGCUGGGGAUUUUGUAUGCUUUAAUUUACUAGCUUUAGUUGAUGAGAUGAGUUUCUGUCCUUGACUGCAAUAAUUGAUACUUUAAGCAGUUUAAUUAGUUAUAUUGGAGCUUAAUUAUCUUUGAGUUGAAUUCAAUGUUCAAUAUUAUGUGCUCCCUGUUUUGCUUU